AUCCCACUCCGUCAUAAUGUUCUUUCCGCACUGGUCGGCCCGGGGCUGGCCCGAGCUUGAGAGGCGGGGCACCCCGGUUCCGCUAACGCUGCCUAGCUGGCCCCUCGUUUGCUCGCAGCACCGCACAGCAGUGCUUGGCGCCUGGAAUGGAAAUCCGCGAAAAAAGUUCGAGAUCAACGACAGCUCCAGCCCAACCCACCACCUCCGCAUUCCCACCAUCCACGUACACUCAGACUUGUGUCUUGCCAAGUCACAUCUACCAUGUCUGCCGCACAACUAUUGAACCCGAAGGCCGAGUCGAGGAGGCGGGGUGAGGCGUUGCGGGUCAACAUCAGCGCCGGCGAGGGCCUGCAAGAUGUUCUCAAGUCGAACCUGGGCCCGCUGGGGACCAUAAAAAUGUUGGUCGAUGGUGCUGGCCAGAUCAAACUGACCAAGGAUGGCAAUGUCCUCCUCCGCGAGAUGCAAAUACAAAACCCCACUGCCGUCAUGAUCGCGCGGGCGGCGACAGCACAGGACGACAUUUGCGGCGAUGGCACAACAUCAGUCGUGUUGCUGGUGGGAGAGCUCCUGAAGCAGGCCGACCGCUACAUCCAGGAGGGGCUCCACCCACGCAUCAUCACCGACGGCUUCGAAAUUGCAAAGACAGAGGCGCUGAAGUUCCUCGACGAGUUCAAGCUAGCCCGCGAAGUCGACCGCGAGCUCCUAUUGUCCGUUGCCAGGACUUCCCUUGCCACCAAGCUCAGCGCCAGCCUUGCCCAAAGCCUGACCCCCGAUAUCGUCGAUGCCGUUCUCUCCAUCUACCAGGCGCCGGAGAAGCCCGACCUGCACAUGGUGGAAAUCAUGAAGAUGCAACACCGGACCGCGGCCGACACCCAACUCAUCCGUGGUCUUGCCCUCGACCACGGGGCUAGACACCCCGAUAUGCCCAAGAGGGUGGAGAACGCUUACAUUUUGACUCUCAACGUCAGCUUAGAGUACGAAAAGUCUGAGAUUAACUCCAGCUUCUUCUACUCUAGCGCCGAGCAGCGGGACAAGCUCGUAGAGAGCGAGCGUCUCUUCGUUGACGCCAAGUUGAAGAAGAUUGUGGAGCUGAAGAAGGAGGUGUGCGGCAACGAUCCGAAGAAGAACUUUGUCAUCAUCAACCAAAAGGGCAUUGACCCUCUGUCUCUGGAUGUGUUGGCCAAGAAUGGCAUCUUGGCGUUGAGGAGGGCGAAGCGGAGAAACAUGGAGAGGCUACAGCUUGUCUGCGGUGGCGUGGCCCAGAACAGCGCGGAUGACAUGUCCCCGGAUAUUCUUGGUUGGGCUGGUCUCGUGUAUGAGCAGCAGCUUGGCGAGGAGAAGUUCACCUUCGUCGAGGACGUGAAGCAGCCUAAGUCGGUGACGCUUCUGAUCAAGGGCCCCAACCAGCACACCAUCGCCCAGGUGACGGAUGCGGUCCGUGACGGCCUGCGCAGCGUUUACAACAUGAUCGUCGACAAGAGCGUUGUCCCUGGAGCCGGUGCUUUCCAGGUUGCCUGCGCCUCGCACCUGAAGAGCGAUGCUUUCGCCAAGACGGUGAAGGGCAAGGCUAAGUGGGGUGUUGAGGCUUUUGCGGAUGCUCUCCUCGUCAUCCCGAAGACGCUUGCGGCUAACGCUGGUCUUGACGUCCAAGAUGCUAUUGCGACACUUCAGUACGAGCACCGGGAUGGAAACGUCGUGGGUCUCGAUCUGGCAACCGGCGAGCCCAUGGACCCCACGCUGGAGGGUGUCUAUGACUCUUUCCGGGUCCUUAGGAACUGUGUUGCGUCUAGCUGCGGCAUUGCCUCGAAUCUUCUUCUGUGCGACGAGAUGCUGAAGGCACGGCAGAUGGGGCGGUCAGGCGGACCUGGUCCUGGUAUGGAUGGCCCGGAGGAAUAAGGGGGAUUCCAUCUACGUCUGUAAGAUACCUGCUUAGACAAUGCAAGACAAUAGACGUGAUGUGAGCCAAA